UUUACUUUUUUAUACAACUGAGACACUGCAGAUAUGCUACAGUGGUAUCAUCACUAAAUCAGAAAACCUCUGCAUAAUGGUAAUGGUACAAGUCAUUUUAGUUCUAGUACAUACAGACACACAAAUGUUACUUUUAUGUGGUUCAACUCAACUAAUACCAAAAGGGCUUUUUUUUUACGUGGCACCCUCAGUGGAAGAAUAUGUGUUUUGUGAAUUUGAGUAUUGUUUCUGUUGAAGGUGCGUUUGUGACAAUUUUUUGCUAUGCUUAGGAUAAUUGCUGACAUGAGAUGGAAGCAAAACCUUUUCACUUCCAGGGGAAAGGAAAUAAGCACCAGUUCCUAAAAAGUUUGCUACACUGCAUACAUGGUUUGUGAUUCUGAAUGUACAUAUGUAGCAAGCAAAUCAUGGAUUAGCAUUAAGAAUUUCUGAAUGGUCAAUCAACUGUCAUAACCCACCAGGUAAAAGGUUCAUAUCAAGAGAAGAAAGGGUACAUUUUUUUCUCAGUUUGUAGAAAAAAACCUGCAGCGACCCAUUUAUAAUACCCGUGAAGCAUCUAGAAAAGGAAAAUAAAAAUGAUUGGACAUUGUCGACAUAAUUGAAGGUGCAGGUAUAAAGCAUGGCAUCGUUAUGGGUUACCUAAAGCAAGCACCAGUAUCCACUUAAGACUUCAGAGCCAGAUGUCUAUUCCUUUUAUCAAAGAAUAAGAUGCUAAAGGUAAUAAUGCUUAGAGCAUACUAAAAUCAUCACAGUAAAGAUAGCCACAAAUGUUUCUCCCCUUUUGUGUGAAACAUGAGAAAACAUAUCGUUACACAUAUUUCUUCUGUAUAAACGAGGUAACAAAGAAAAAGAACAGCUUUGUUGUUUUAUGUCAAAAUGAUUGAAGUCAACCCACAGAGCCAACAUAUAAGAGACAAGCGUUAUUCUGAACCCAUUAUAAACAAAGCAGUAUCAACAAUUCCCUACUAUAAUAUGUUACUCAAAGCAAUAACCAAGAGAAGCAAAAUUUCUUAGCACAGUCUGAGCACAAACCUAGUGAUGAUAGGAUCUAUAGGAUUCUCUAAAAUCACAUGCACCACGUCAUGUGACCGCACAACUGAUUCCACUUCUAUUUAUUUAUUUAUUGAGAGGGAAGAGCUUGUCCUGUUGCCUAUAAAAGAGUGGCUAAAGACAGCAAUUCAGCACAAAGCAUAAGACAUAGUGGCUUCUUCUCCCUAUAGCUACCUUCUUCCUAUCAGGCUGGAGUUCAUCAAGGAUUUGAACCUGGAACUGGAGCCCACAAGCACACAGAGGAGGAAGAACACCAAGACUGGUUCCCAACCUAUCCAAGGUAGAAGCGAGCAACGUUAGUGUGGUAGUAACAUGGUGACUGUGAGAGAGGAGAUGCGUAAGGGGCCAUGGACAGAGCAGGAGGACAUUCAGCUGGUAUGCACUGUCCGCCUGUUUGGUGACCAUCGUUGGGACUUCAUUGCUCAAGUCUCAGGUUUGAGGGGUUGGAGAACUACAACUUAGGCCUCAACAGGACAGGAAAGAGCUGCCGCCUGCGCUGGGUGAACUAUCUUCACCCUGGCCUCAAGCAUGGCCGCAUGUCACCACAAGAAGAGCGCAUUAUCAUUGAGCUCCAUGCUCGGUGGGGGAACAGGUGGUCUAGGAUAGCAAGGAGGCUGCCAGGGCGCACAGACAAUGAGAUCAAGAACUACUGGAGAACACACAUGAGAAAGAAGGCACAGGAGAGGAAGAUGGGCAUGCCAUCACCUUCAUCCUCAUCCUCCUCACUGACAUACCAAACCUGCCUUCUUGACACCAUUCCAGUCAUUGGGAUGGGCAGUGGUGACACUCACAAUGGUAGCUGUGUCACCAGCACCCUCGAGAACACACAGAGUGUCAUGGAUGGAUAUCCCAUGGAUCAGAUAUGGAAGGAGAUUGAGGCACCACAUGCACCUAACUUGCUGAGUAUUGCUGAAGGGAAAGAGAAGACGUGCAGCAGUAGCCCCUGUCAUCUACCAUCACCUGUAAUGUGGGACUACAAAUGCCCUGAGAUAUUCUGGAAGAUGGGAGAUCAAGAAAUCAUGAUGUGAUGGAAAAUGAAAUCAAGAUGUUGGCUGCACGAUUUGGUUAUGGGCUUAUGGUAAAUAAGGCCAUCGCUAUUGAAGGCUGAAGGAAUACAUCUAUAUUGGUCAGGCCACUCAGCUAUCUGCCUAGCAGAUUUGCAGUAUUUGUACUUCCUAACUAUGCUUGCAUUAGUAUGCAGUAUUUUUAAAUCUAGUGUAACACUGGUGGUAUGCUCAUAAUGUAUGUAUCUAUGUAGUUUGAAAAAUAGUUUGUAUCAGUUUGUGCAAUAGUGUGGACGCUCUAUAUGCAUGAUAUAUCUAUUUAUCUCUGUUCUUGUUGUGCUGAACAAAUAACAGCAUAAUA